GGCCGAGUCUUCCCGCGGAGGGUGGCAGGCGGCUGGGACCGGGCGCGGUGGCGGCAGCAGCGGCGGCCUGAGCGCGGGAGCAGCAUGGAUUGGGGCACUGAGUUGUGGGAUCAGUUCGAGGUGCUUGAGCGCCAUACGCAGUGGGGGCUGGACCUGUUGGACAGAUACGUGAAGUUUGUGAAAGAACGCACGGAGGUUGAACAGGCCUAUGCGAAGCAGCUGCGGAGCCUCGUGAAAAAAUACCUGCCCAAGAGACCUACCAAAGAUGACCCCGAAUCCAAGUUCAGCCAACAGCAAUCCUUCAUCCAGCUUCUACAGGAGGUGAACGAUUUUGCUGGCCAGCGGGAGCUGGUGGCUGAGAACCUCAGCGUCCGUGUGUGUCUGGAACUGGCCAAGUACUCCCAGGAGAUGAAGCAAGAGAGGAAGAUGCACUUCCAGGAAGGGCGGCGGGCCCAGCAGCAGCUGGAAAAUGGCUUCAAACAGCUGGAGAAUAGCAAGCGCAAGUUUGAGCGAGACUGCCGAGAGGCGGAGAAGGCAGCCCAGACUGCCGAGCGGUUGGACCAGGACAUCAAUGCCACCAAAGCUGACGUGGAGAAGGCCAAGCAGCAAGCACACCUUCGGAAUCACAUGGCAGAAGAAAGCAAGAACGAGUACGCAGCCCAGCUACAGCGCUUUAACCGAGACCAGGCCCACUUCUAUUUUUCACAGAUGCCCCAGAUAUUUGAUAAACUUCAGGACAUGGAUGAACGCCGGGCCACCCACUUAGGGGCCGGGUAUGGGCUUCUGUCGGAGGCCGAGCUGCAGGUGGUCCCCAUCAUCGCCAAGUGCUUGGAGGGCAUGAAGGUGGCUGCAGACGCCGUGGAUGCCAAGAACGACUCCCAGGUCCUCAUCGAGCUGCACAAGUCAGGCUUUGCCCGCCCGGGCGAUGUGGAAUUCGAAGACUUCAGCCAGCCCAUGAACCGAGCUCCCUCCGACAGCAGCCUGGGCACCCCAUCCGAUGGCCGCGCUGAGCUCCGGGGCUCAGGCCGGAUCCGUGCCAAGCGCUGGCCCUUUGGCAAAAAGAACAAGCCGCGCCCCCCAUCCCUCUCCCCCUUGGGGGGUCCCCUGCCCUCGGUAUUGCCUAAUGGACCCCCAUCCCCCCGCUCCGGCCGUGACCCCUUGGCCAUACUGAGUGAGAUCAGUAAGUCGGUCAAACCGCGGCUAGCGUCCUUCCGCAGCUUCCGAGCCGGCCGUGGGGCGGUGGUGACGGAGGAUUUUAGCCAUCUGCCCCCCGAGCAGCAGAGAAAGCGGCUUCAACAGCAGUUGGAAGAGCGGAAUCGGGAGCUCCAGAAGGAGGUGGAUCAGAGGGAAGCCUUAAAGAAGAUGAAGGAUGUGUAUGAGAAGACACCCCAGAUGGGGGACCCAGCCAGCUUGGAGCCCCAAAUCACAGAAACCCUGCGCAAUAUUGAACGGCUAAAGUUGGAAGUACAGAAGUAUGAGGCUUGGCUGGCUGAAGCUGAGAGUCGAGUCUUGAGCAACAGAGGGGACAGCCUAAACAGGCAAACCCGGCCUCCCGACCCCCCAGCCAGCGCUCCACCAGCCAGCAGUAGCAGCAGCAGCAGUAGCAAUAGCGGGUCACAGGAGAACAAGGAGAGUUCGGAAGAGCCCCCCUCAGAAGAGGCCCAGGACACCUCCAUCUACACAGAAUUUGAUGAAGAGUUUGAGGAGCCCACGUCCCCCAUAGGCCAGUGUGUGGCCAUCUACCACUUUGAAGGGUCCAGCGAGGGCACCAUCUCCAUGGCUGAGGGCGAAGACCUCAGUCUGAUGGAGGAAGACAAAGGCGACGGCUGGACCCGGGUUCGGCGGAAACAGGGAGGGGAGGGCUACGUGCCCACCUCCUACCUCCGAGUCACACUCCACUGAGCCUUGCCCAGGCAGAAGUAGGGGGCUGUCGGCUGCUGCUUCUGGGCCACGGGGGGCUCCAGGACUCAUGCACUUUAUUUCCGCCCCCCUUGGCUUCAGCUGAGACCUGUGUAACCUUGUGUCCCCCCCAUCCUACCUGCUACCCCCAGUGGACCCGCUGUGCCUCCAACGAUCGAUGUACAUACUCAGGUUUCAAAUCUUUUCCUGCCGCUUGGCUUGGACCGUUUUGUUUUAUAUAUAUAUUAAAAAAAAUUAUAUAAAGUUCCUGAACUUCUGUGCCUUCUCAGGAGUUUUAGAUACAGUAGUGGGGCGAGAUCCUCCAACAUUAUCCUCAGGAAUGAGGAAGGGGAAGUGGCCUUGGGUACACCUUAGGCAAGCCCUACCCUUUGGAGGAGUUGGCUUUGGCUUCAAGGGUGCUUGUUGGCAACUGACAGAGGAAGAAAACCUAACUUCAUUCUUACUAAGAACAGAUAGGACUUAUUGACCACCUACUGUGUGCCAAGUAUUCUCCACCCAUGAUGUGUUUUCCUUCCUGACAGUCCCUAGAAAAGUGUGACUUUUAUGUUGAAGACAGGCACAGAGAGGCCAAGGCAUCUGCUAGAAAUCACACAGCUUUUAAGAGACAGAGACAAAUUUGAACACUGAAUGUCCUAGCUGUGUGCACGCAUGAGUGCAAACAGUGAGGUGGUUCCCAUAAUACCUGAAUUAGUCUUUUAGUGGGAGGGAGAAGGAUGCUGCAGCCCCCUUUCUGGAAUCUCCAUUUUUAGGGGCAGAAUUUUUUUUUUUCCUAGUACUGGGGAUGGAACACGGGCCCUUAGUUCUGAGCUACAUUCGCAGGCCUUUUAUUUUUUAUUUUGAGGCAGGGUCUUUCAACUCUUUUUUUUUUUUUUUGCACGUCAGACUUGUAGUGAU